AUGGCAAAACUAGUACUUCCAUUGCAUUGCCUAUUUUCUUUACUAGUUCUUUCUCUCUACACUGACUUCCCGACCUUUGUGGAUUCAGUAGCACCAGCACAUGCUCCUGCACCCAACAAUCCACCACCACCUCCUCCUCCUCCUCCUCCUCCUUCUCCACCUCCUCCUCCUGCAAAUGGUGCUCCCCGACCACAACCAGGUAAGCAUUUACCGAAUCCACCUCCACCGCCACUGAAAGGUUCAGGGCUAAGUGGUGGACAGAAGGCAGGGAUAGUGAUUGGAGUUCUGUUAGGGACAGGGCUGCUGGUGUUUGGUGGCUUGGUGUACAAGAAACGCCGCCACAAUAUCAGAAGAAGCCGGUUCGGAUAUGCAGCAAGGAACACCUUACUUUGA